AUGAAAGGGCGCAUAACAGAUAUUCCUUUAAAAUGCACCAAUGGAAACCAAUUUAAUAAUCGACAGUGUUUGGCUCGUAUUUUGAAAAUACUUAGAAUGGAAGAUCAGAGAAAACCAUUAGCGACAAAAAAUGGAGAAGGUAACUCCAGGCUACCUAUGUUUGGCAGUAAACUUAGACCACCAUCAACUGUGAAAAGACCAAGGAGUCCAGAGGAGAAACAAGACAACAAAAGAAGAUGUCUAGAUUAUUCAGAAAGGACUGUAGAAACAAGAGCAAGGAAAUCAUCAGAAACAAGCAAGGUUACGUCAAAGACUGGAUCAUCAUUAACAAGACAAAGAUCAGAGACUUCUCUUAACAGGUCCACUGUGUCUAAUACAAGUCUUCGUUCGUCUAACAGUGGAUCAAGUCUCAGGGCUAAUAAUGUCCGUCCAAAAGCUAACACUGCUGUAGUCAAACCAACUGCAAAAGCAGCAUCAAGCACCAGUACAAGACCACCACCUGCAAGAGGAGCACAGGGAACAGUUAGACUUGCAACCAGUAAGACAUCUACAUCUAAUAAACCACCAGCUGGUAAUGGUGGAGGUGGUGGUAAGAAGAGGCCAGCAUGGGAUCUGAAGGGUCGACUCGAGGACAUGGAGGCUAAGUUAGAGAAACAAACCAAUAACAGGGAAGGUCUAGUCAAUCAAAUGGAAACACAGAAUCAGAGAAUAGUAUCUCUGGAAUCAAUGAACCAACAGCUGUCUGGGACGGUGUCAAUUAAAGAAAAUAUAGUUAGUCAAGCCUCAGAGGAAAUCACUGACCUGAAAAGAAAACUGAGACAAGAAGAGGAUAAGCGGGAUGAAGUUCAAAGAGGACUACAGAGAGAAAUCAGUGAUAUGACCUUUCUAAAAGAGACUUUAUCUCGUCAGAACGAGAGUUUACAGAGUGAUCUGAAUGCCAGGAGAGUUGAGGUGGACGGACUCAAAGCAUCUGUAGCACAGCUAACAUCAGCUCAAGCUGGAAUGGGAGCAGAACUAGAGAACACUAAAUUACGACUUGAACAGGCUGUUACAUCAAACAAAACCAAAGAUACAGAGAUAGAGAAACUGAGAAACUUACUGGAAAAUAGAGAUAGAGAGAUAGAAGAACAAAACUGUCAAAUCAGAAGUCAUGAAACCGAGAGAAGAAAAUUACACAACCAGAUUCAGGAAUUAAAGGGCAACAUCAGGGUGUUCUGUAGAGUUCGACCUUUACUGGGAGAUGAAACUCUAGGAAAUGAUGGGAUGAUAAGUCACAUGAACUUUCCUGAUCAGGAACAAAGAAUAAUAGAGCUGGACAAAACUGGUGAUGCUACAUUGAAUGAGAGUUGCCUGACGAAGAAGGGAGGUAAUAAUGCCCAGAGUAAAUAUGAGUUUGGUUUUGACAAAGUAUUCAGUGACCAUACUUCACAGCAACAAGUGUUUGAAGAAAUCUCACAGUUAGUUCAGAGUGCUUUGGAUGGUUAUAAUGUGUGUAUAUUUGCCUACGGACAGACAGGUUCUGGAAAGACUUAUACGAUGGAAGGUACAUCUGUUAAUGAUGUGGACAAUAGGGGAAUGAUCCCUAGAGCUGUUCUACAAAUAUUUGAUUCUACCAGAGAACUAGAGAGUAAAGGAUGGAAAUAUGCUUUAGAUGCCUCAUUUUUAGAAAUCUACAAUGAAACAAUCCAUGACUUGCUUGGUGAUGAAGAUCUCAAACAUGAUAUCAAGAUGUCUGGUCAGAAAAACAGUAACGAAGUCUUUGUUACUAACUUGACCAUUGUUCCAGUUACCAAAGAGGAAAUGGUGUAUCAGUUGUUACAGAAAGCAUCUAAGAACAGAUCAGUAGGAGAAACUAAAUGUAACGAGAGGUCAUCCAGGAGUCAUAGUGUGUUUACACUCAAAUUAACAGGGGAGAAUUCUAUAACAGGGGAAACCAGUCAAGGUACAUUAAAUCUGGUAGAUCUGGCUGGCAGUGAGAGACUUAAAGAAUCUGGAUCAGAAGGUCAACGAAUGAAGGAGACAUUAGCUAUUAACAAAUCACUCAGUAACCUUGGUAAUGUCAUCAUGGCGAUAGGAAAUAAGGACAACCACAUACCUUACAGAAACUCAAAGUUAACAUACCUUUUACAGAACUCUUUAGGAGGCAAUAGUAAAACUCUUAUGUUCGUUAAUGUUUCUCCUAAAGAAGAAUGUUUCCAGGAAACACUCAACUCACUGAGGUUUGCCACAAAGGUGAACCAGUGUAAUAUAGGAACAGCCCAACAGAAGAGAUAAACAAUUAGAGAUUUUUAAAUUUAUAUAGUGCAUUUGACAAAUUUUAAAAGCACAAAAAUGUCUGCUAUAUGUAUUCUGUAUCAAUUUGUGGUUCAUAAUUGAAAUCAGAAUUUUAAUACUUAUUUAUUAUACGUGUAUUUUGUUUCAAUAUUUGCACAAUGAAUACUUCAACACAAUAGAUAUAAGUUACCCUAGUUUUUAAAAUAAUUUGAUUGUAGGGUUACUUCAUAUAUGUAUCAGUCAAAGAUUUUUUUUGUUGAAUUUUAAGGAAUAAUGAAACAUUUUAUAACUGUAAACUUAUCAAACAAGUGCAAUAUUUAUUCUAUGUGGGAUAAUACUCAUACUUGCACAGCAAUGCUUGAAGAACUGGAUCUAAAAUACUUAUCACUGAUAAUGUGGAUAAUUUGAAGCUAUAUUUGGACUAGUGCUGUAUCAUAAAAUAUUUAAACUUACUUUCUAUUACUUUUUCUGGGAAAUAAUAUGUUGCUAAACAACAAAACUUUUAUUCUCAAAGUAAUUUUUAUGAGUUUUUUAAUAUUGUGUUCAUAUUUAAAAGGCAGCAUGAUGCAUUCAGAAAUUUUAAAUGCUGUAGAUAUCAAAGUUAUUAGUGCCAGAUUUUUAUUAUGUGCUUGCUAGUCUCUGUAAUGUAUUAACAGUAUGAAUGAGAUUGACAAAUUAGAGAGUGUGUAACAUGUAUGAAUCUUUUUGUGAGGGUUUUAGUCUUGUUUCUAUAUAAAUAAUUGUUUCAUGUACUGUAGUCUAAAUAUCAGUUUAAUGGCAUUUCAUAUGCUGUAGUCCAUAGCAGUAAAAAAUGAUCAUUCAUUUAACAUCUGUUCUGUAAAUAUGUAAAUAUUUUAUAUACCUUUCAAUUUAAACUUUAUAUAUUCUAUGAAACGCACACUCAUUUCAGUUGAACAGAGCUGGAUUUAGAGGGAACAAUGGCCUCUUAUGCUGUCAGCGGCCCACACUAAUGAAAAUUUCUGGAUCAGCCACUGUUGAAUAAUACUAAAUUAAUUUGAAUGUAAUAAACUAAAUUUAAAUGAAUUUCUGUUUUAAUAAAAUAAAGCAUUCUGUUAAUUUGACAUGUGACAUUAGUUUUUUAUAAUUUUGGGGUAUCAAUGUUUUGAUGGCAUAGAAGGGAAAUCUUAAAAGAGUUUUAACAUAAUACUUUUUGUUAUAAGUUUGAAUUUAGAAUUUGUCAAAACCAACAAAAACAUUUUCUCUAAUCCACAGAAUUGCCUAACUGCAAAACUAAAAGAUUCAACAGUAAUUAUGAAAAGAACCUUCAAAUUCUUGAAAAAGUGUCUGGAGGAGAUUUUUGUCUCCUUGGAAGUAAAACCCACAUUUUGGAGAUAAUAGUUCUCCUUUAAGUGAGUAUUGAGACGCUCCCUUUAAACUUUUUAUUGUAAGUUUAAUUAAAGACAUUUAAAACCUCAUAAAAAAGAUAAAUGUUUUUUCUUGAUGUUUCAGUGUAAAAAAAACAUUUUCAAAUGGAAAAUUUUAAUUAUGUAUGUCACAUUUAAUGAGAUCAAGAAUUUAAUGAACGAAUCGUAAGGAAUGUAUAUCUAUCUGAACCUCUUGUAAUCUUUCUUCACUAAAUUUUUCUGUCUGUUCUAUUACCUAUAUUGGUAUUCUAUCAUCUAUGUUAGUUUAAGGAAUAAAUAGUCGAAGAGA